CAGAUCGGCGGACGCAGCACUGCCAGCUCAGCUGACAGCAGCAGCAACUCGGAAGUCAGAUGAUCAUGGCAGACUCUGGAAGUGGCGAAGAAGUGGCCGUGAUUGGCAACACCGACAUCACUUCAGUGGAAUCAGAGAACAACAUCAUAAACACGAUGGUGGAAAGAGGCACGGCCCUGCUGAGAAAAAUGGAGAUAAGUGUGGCAGAGGCAGAGAAAAGGACGGGAAAAAACACGGUCAACAUGCAAGAGAUCUACACAGUCUACCUCAUAGAAAUACGUCCAGCUGAAUCUGUCCCAGAGGGAGGCACGCCAGCUGCGCCGGACACUUUGUGGAGGCGCUACAGUGAGUUUGAGCUCCUCAGAACGUACCUGCUGGUCACCUAUUCCUACAUCAUCAUCCCCCCACUGCCAGAGAAAAGAGCUGAGUUUGUGUGGCAUAAGCUUUCUGCCGACAACCUCGACCCGGACUUUGUCGAACGACGGAGAGUUGGUCUGGAAAACUUCCUUCUGCGUGUCGCAUCGCAUCCUGUCCUUUCAAAUGACAAAAUCUUCUUCCUUUUUCUCACAGAGGAGAAGGGUUGGAGGGACGCCGUUCUGGAAACAGGUUUCCAGGACAAGGUGGAUUCAAGACUCAAAUCUUUGAAUGCCAUGUUUAGAGUGAAGAACCCUGACAAGCGGUUCGCAGCACUGAAACACUACAGUGAUGAUUUGAACACUGUCAUCUCUCAGUUACUCAGAGUGAGAGCGCGGGUAGCAGACAGACUAUAUGGAGUUUACAAAGUCCAUGGAAACUAUGGGAGAGUUUUCAGUGAAUGGAGUGCAAUAGAAAAAGAGAUGGGAGAUGGACUUCAGAGUGCUGGCCACCACAUGGACACGUUUGCUGCAUCUAUAGAUGACAUUCUGGAAGAAGAGGAGCACUAUGCAGAUCAGCUGAAGGAGUACCUCUUCUACACAGAGGCCGUCAGGUCAGUUUGUAGGAAACAUGACUUGAUCCAGUAUGAGUUGGAGAUGGCAGCUCAGGAUCUCACCUACAAGAAACAGCAGAAAGAAGAGCUGGCAACUGGGACGGUGCGGAUCUUUUCUCUCAAGGGAAUGACAACUAAAUUAUUUGGCCAAGAGAGUCAAGAACAGAGGGAGAGCCGAAUAGCCGCCCUGGAACAGAGUAUCCAGGAGGGGGAGGAACUGCUUAAGGAGAAGAACGCUGAGUGCCAAGAGUUUGUGCGAACAGCUUGGGAGGACAUUGACCGUUUUAAGGAGCAGAAGGACAAAGAUUUACGUGAAGCACUAAUCAGCUAUGCCAUUAUGCAGAUCAGCAUGUGUAAGAAGGGAAUCCAGGUGUGGUCCAAUGCCAAGGAGUGUUUCAACAAAAUGUGAGCCACUAAAUACACCGGCCACCCUCUGCACCAGAACAGGAGUCUCUUGGGUGGUAGUGACUGGGACCACCUUCCACUCAUUAUACUGCACGAUUCUGAGGAGUGAGAGAAGCCCCACACUGGCUCCACUUGCUUGCAUUGCGACUGAUAAUUAUUCUGUCACCUCCUUUUUUAUUUUUCUUCUUUCUUGUACACACAUUAAUUUGGAAAAAUUCAGACCAAUUAAAUGGAUUGUUUUGUAAAAUGAAUGCUUUUAAAAUUCUAGUUUCUUAACUGAACCUCUCAUCCUGUGGAUAUAACCUUUUUACUGUGGCUAAUGCAUAUUUUAAGAUCUCAUCUUUACACAGUCGACUUAUCAAGAUACUGAAUUCAGAUAUUUUUAAGUCUUACUUUUGUUUGUCAUCCUAAAUAAUAAUGCACAGCGGGACGCUCUUUAAACUCUGACCACGUGAAGCUGCACUCCCAUGCAACUCGUUUUAGAGUUACUUGCAACUCACAAAUCUGCAUCAGCACCUGAAAGCUGGAAGACGUUGCUAGUGGACUGCCACAAGUCAAAGGUUAGCUAAAAAUCUAACGAAAUAUCAAGGUGUUGAUGAACUGGUCAACAACUCCCAUCAGAAGUAUUUUCUGCCUCCAGUGACCAAGUUAGAAAGCCAUUACACUAACACAUUCCCUCUAGCCUUUCUUCAUAAACCAUGCUGAAGGGUGCUUUUGUUAGGUUUCAAAGAUGCUGGUUGUUGGUACUGAUUUUACUUCGAUAGAGCAACCAGGAAGUCCCAUGUCGUCCUUAUUCAGCAUGUUUUCCCUUAAUAUACAGAGUGCAAACUAUGUGUCCAGAAAUGACACACUUUUUCUUUAAAUAAACCUAUCUGACAAUGUAUGAAAGGUAGUGACCGAGACGUGGAAAUUUGAGUAAAUCCUUAAAAUGUUGCCUCCUCUAUUAAAGAUUAAUUCCACACAGGCAGCUACAGCUUGCUUUAUAUCAGUCUGCAGGAAAGGUUGGUGCCAAAUGGCUUUGACAUCCAAAUGUUGUACUGACUGAAGGAAGUUUUUACACAAUUAGCGGUUUGCUACAAUAAUCUCAAGUGGAGGCUUUAAAUUGUUUUAUAGUACACGUGUCAAAGAAAAUUGGUGUGCUAAUUCUCUAAUAAACAUCUUUCAAACCA